GAGCUGUGGGCAUCGAACCGGACUGACCAUCGUCGAGGCGCGAAAGACCAACAGAAACUUCCACGAGAGCUCGCACGCAGGGGCCGUUGUCAACUUGUGCCGUUGCACUAAGGCGUCAAAGCGGAGACGAUCAUGAAGCCCUGAUGGGCUUGUGCUUGCUCCUUGCGACGUCCAGUGUCCCCUCACGGGCUAAGACUCUUCUAGGACGCGUCAGUCACCUCGUGGUGUAGUGCCAUGGCGUUCCGUAAGGGCGCCAAAGAGAUGAAGAAGCAGUCGUACUACGUGUGGUUCCUUGGGGCCAAGGAGUCCCGUGGUCUCCGAGGCCUGGAGUACAUCGGACCCGUGCUGCGGUUCUUGCUGGAACGGGAACGGGAAGUCGAGCCACCCAAGGUCACGCUACAGGUCAGCGGUAAAGGCAUCAAGAUGGUGCAGAACAUCGCUCGUGGCCUUCGAGGCAAGAUGGAGCAAGUGAAGCACCUGAUCCCACAGCACGCAGUCACUUGUGUGCACCAGGAUGGUGACCUGGUGUGCUGCAUCUUGCUGCUCUACAACCCGGUCACCAGGUGCCCCGUGCACGUGCACGUCUAUCGCUGUGAUUCUCCCGAGACGGCCACCAUGCUGCGCCAGCAGCUGCAGCAGCUCGUCGAGCGGCCCGACAACCAAACCAAGUUCCGUGAGAUUGAACACCGGCUGGCGGCCAAGGGAUUGCUGCGCGAGCACUCGUUCCAUCACCACCACCAUUCGGGUCCUCCACGUAUGCCCUCCGACGGAAGGACCGAAGACGGUUCCGAGGACCGCAGCGACGUCUCCGAGGAGGAGGAAGAAGAGGGCCUCGCCACGUCGCCACCCCGAAGGCCCGCCGCAGUUCUGCCUCCUUCGGUCCACUGUGACCGGAUGGCGAGCCUGUACGCGUCUCUGGCCGCUGAACUACGUGAGAAACUGAGCAACCCCGACCGCGGCCCGCUUCUGUUGCCUCCCAAGGACUAUGGGACAGUAUGCAAGAGGUCUUCAACCAGGCCCGAGGGUGGCUCCAAGUCAAGCAGCGGUAUCGGCUCAGACGAGCUUCUGCCCCGUGAGCUGGACUCGUCAUCUGAUGAUGAGUGGCCCGCCCAACAGCAUCGUCAGCGGGAGCAGCGCAGAAACCGCCGACCGGUCUCCUUCCCGGCCGCCUCAGCCCCUCCAGCAGCGGUUUUCAGUGCACUGCCUCAGAAGCACCGCCAGCCGCAUACGCCACAACGCCAGGCCCAGACGCCGCAGCCAUACCGCAACGGACAAGUGCCACACCAGCAGAGGCCGUUUUCACAACAGCAGCAACACCCUCCUAGCCACCGCCAGUUGGCGUCGUCUAGGCAGAUGGUACUGCCCGAGUCAAGGACAUACCAGCCACACCAUCAGCCGCAGCAGCAACAGCCAGAACCCUCGAGGCAACACAACCAGAAGAAGAGCAGGGACUACAGGCACAGCUUCGUUGAGCCGUCGACACGUAGACCUCUGCCUCUGUGA